CUCGGACGUUUCAACACUUGCCGCUUUGUUGGAAGCUGCGCGGCCGCAGGGUGGUGGUCCAUGGUGUUCUUUCGACGAAAGAAGCUCGACAUUCGAAUCCCGACAGGAAAGGAUGCAGUGAAUUGGCGCAAGCUCCUGUUCCUGUCCAUCGCAGAAAGCUUUAAUCUACUGACGACGGAGCAAUGGAGUCGGCUGGACGUGCGGUGCCUGACACUAAUGAAAGUCAAGAUGCUGCGCGCAUCGUGUAUUGCGCGAGAACUCGAGCCGAGAGGGAAGAAGCGUAUCCUGGUUCAACGAUUGACGGAAUCCCUCGAGAAACAGCGCGCCGAUGAGGCUGCGUCGAGACGCGAAGCCGAGUUAGCCGAACAAAGGCGUCAGGACAAGCUGGGAGGCAUCUGGACAUUUGGCACAGGGACCCAAGGACAGCUCGGUCACAAUGACUGCCAGUCGUAUGCGUUGCCAACUCAGAUCAAGACAACGCGAGGGUUGGGAGUGUGCCAAGUUUACGCGGGCUUUGACUCGGACAUCACAUUUGCCGUAACCCGCCUCGGUGAUGUCUACGUGUGGGGUAACAAGAAUGGGCCGACGGGGCUGCCACGACAGAAGCGGCGCAACCGAUUCGACUCGGCGGGGGCACCCAAGUUAAAUCUGUUCAACCUCCCGAGCUACAAACCACAUGACGCCAGCGCCGACAAUCCGACGGACGCGAAAGGCACGCCGCCGGAGCGCGAUGCCAUGGACUCGAGUGAUGAGAGCAACGACGACGACGACGACGAUGACGACGGAGACGCGGUGUCGGAAGAUUCGCAUCAUGCAGAUGACGACGAAGCACCUACCGACGACCAGCUCGCGAUGAUCAUCCCUGCCCCGGUGAAGCUCAAAUCGAUCAGCGGCGAAGAUAUUGUACAAAUUGCCGUCGGCCGCGUGCACUGCGCCGCGCGAACAAAAUGCGGCGAUGUCUUUACGUGGGGCCAGAACGACCACUGUCAACUCGGCAACGAGCCCCAACACGCCUUGUCGGCUGCUCAGUCCAAGCGGGCAAAGAUCAAGUAUGGCGUCGAUGCGAUGGAGCCGACCAUUUGGAGCCGCACCGUGUCGGAGAAAUGCAUUGUCAAAGGCGUUGCUGUCGGUACAGACCACACGAUGAUCAUCUCGGACGACGGAGACAUUCACGCGUUUGGGUCUGUCUACAACACGACGGAUCACUCGACGCUGACACGGCACUUGCGAAAGCAGCGCGUUCAGCAGGUGUCAUGCGGAGCCAUGCACGCAGCAAUUGUAAACGACGGUGGACUGAUGUACACGUGGGGCAGCGGCGACGGAGGGUACGCCCCGCGUGUCCAUCGUGACAAACCUUUCGACAACACACGUCGUCCUAGUCGGCUAGGGCAUGGCGAUUUGAUAUCGCACGUGGCGCCUCGGCUCGUCGAAGCACUCGCGACCGACGUCGUGUUUCAAAUCAGCUGCGGGUGCUGGCACACCGUCGCCAUUGUGCUGGUGCCACCGUUGCUCAAAGGCGGCUUCGUGUAUUCAUGGGGCACAGGUCGUUAUGGCCAACUCGCCCUCGGCGGCAACCAAGUCGUGCCAACGCCGACGCUUAUUCAGGACUUUCUCACGCAAUGUGUGUACAUCAAACGAGUAUGCGCUGGCAUGUACCACAAUGCGGCGCUGUCCGUCGACGACGAGGUAUACACGUGGGGCAGCAAUGUCAAUGGGUGUUUGGGUCGACCGACCGAAAUGGCCUCAAACCCCGAAAGCUUCAGCGCUGUCCCAGGCAUGGUUGAAGGCAUGGCUGAAUUUGUCGGUCGCCCUUGCUCGAUUGCCGUCGGGCGAGAAUACACGGUGGUCGCGACAAAGCCAUACAUUGGUCCUACCGAAGACGAAGUCGCGACGGCCCGAGCCGAAGCUGCCAAGCGCCAGGCAGCGAUCGACAAGGCAUACGACGCAGAAGAGCGCAAGGAAGAGAUACGUGAAGCCAUGAUCGAGCGCCUCCAGCGGUCGCGGUGCAUCGAGUACUUGAAUUUGCACCAUCCGCAGUGCAGUCAGUGCUCGAUUGCCACCGUGUGCCCUGGAUUCCAGCGCGAUGAGAUCGACCCCCAGCUGUGCAAACACUGCCUCCACGUCAAGCAAAACCACAACGCGCAGCACCGCGAAAGCAACAAAGCGCUCAGUCUCGACGCCUUGCUGGGCUUGCUCCACCAAAUGCAAAUCGCCGACGACGUCGACCUCGCGAUUCCCGAAGAUGAACUGGUCCAAGACAAGAGUGCCGAGGCUCGGUGGCGUAAAUAGUCAAUAAAUUUGUUUGCAUUAGUUUCCA